AUGCCCUGGACUGUCCUGCUUUUUGCAGCCGGCUCCUUGGCAAUCCCAGCACCAUCCAUCCUGCUGGUGCCCCCACACCCGAGCAGCCAAGAUGACCCAAUCCACAUCUUGUGUGUGGCCCCCGAUGGCUUCCUGGGGGCGAAUUUCACCCUGUACCGAGGGGGGCAGGUGGUCCAGCUUCUGCAGGCACCCGUGGACCAGCUCGGAGUCACAUUCAAUUUGAGUGGCGGCGGCAAUGAGGCCCCAAGUGGACCCUUCCACUGUCAGUACGGCGUGAUGGGCGAGCACAGCCAGCCCCAGCUGUCAGACCUCAGCUUGCCUGUGUACGUGGCCUUCCCAGUGCCCACUUGGAUUCUGGCGCUCUCCCUGAGUCUGGCUGGAGCCUUCCUCCUCCUCACUGGGCUGUUGGCCAUUGUUCUGGUGGUCAGGAAAGUUAAAGUAAAAAAUUUACAGAAGAAAAGGGAUCGUGAAUCCUGCUGGGCCCAGAUUAACUUCGCCACCACAGAUAUGUCCUUCGACAACUCCUUGUUUGCCAUCUCCAUGAAAACUUCAGAAGAAGACAUGGCCACUCUGGAUCGCUCUGGUGGUACUGCUGUCCCCAGCAACUCCAGGCCCCGGAAGAGGCCCACCUCCACGUCCUCCUCGCCCGAACCCCCCGAGUUCAGUACUUUCAGGGCCUGCCAGUGA